AUGCAACUUAGUCGAGUUCCCUAGCAUUCUGAGAUUUCAAGAUAAAUUGAAGACUUUAUUUAUUCACAAUAACAAAAUUCGAGGCGAAAUACCAACGUGGAUGUGGAACUCAAGCAAAGAAACAAUGGUACUUGUCGACUUCAGCCAGAACUCCCUGACAGGCUUCGAGCAGCAGCCAGCGGUCAUCCCCUGGCGUUUUCUCAAAUAUUUCCACCUCAGUUCUAACAAGCUUCAAGGAUCGCUUCCCAUUCCACCACCAAGCACCAUUAUUUAUGAUGCCAGAAAUAAUGGAUUGACGGGAGCAAUUCCACCGUUAAUGUGCCAGAAGAAUUCUCUUGGUAUGCUUGAUUUAUCCAACAACCAUUUAAGUGGCACAAUACCUCCAUGUUUGGCCACUUCCAGCGAGGAUCUUCAAAUGUUGAAUCUAAGCGGCAAUAGUUUCCACGGAAAUAUUCCUUCAACAUUCACAAUGAAUUGCCCACUGUUAAUGGUAGAUUUAGGUCAAAACCAACUACAAGGGCCGGUGCCAAGAUCAUUGGCAAAUUGUGCAAUGCUGCAGUGUCUCGUUCUUCAAAAUAAUCAGAUUGAGGAUACCUUCCCCUCUUGGUUGGGAGAUCUUCCUAAGUUAGAGCUUCUUUCUUUGGGAUCAAACAAAUUUCAUGGCGCCAUAUGGCAUCCCAGAAACAAUUCAAUGUUUCCAAAGUUACGGAUAAUUGACAUCUCUUGCAAUUGCUUUUCAGGUAAAUUGCCAACAGAAUACAUUUGUAACUGGAAUGAAAUGAAACUGUUCAACAAAGAGAAUUUGACAUAUAUGCAUGCAAAUCAAAAAGUUCAAUACCAGACACAUGCCCGUCAUCUGGCACUAUCCACGUAUACGGAGUUGCAGUACGAUUACUCAAUGAGAGUGGUCAGCAAAGGGGUGUACAGGUUAUACGAAAAGAUUCAAAGUGCCUUGGUAGUUGUUGAUCUCUCAAACAACACAUUUGUUGGGAAUAUCCCAGAAUCCCUUGGAAGUCUUAGUGGGCUUCAAUUGCUAAACAUUUCCAACAACAAACUUACUGGUGCUAUCCCCUCGUCGUUGGCAAAGUUGACAAAAUUGGAGUCGUUGGACCUAUCCCAAAACUUGCUCUCAGGACAGAUCCCCCGACAAAUGACCCAACUCACUUUCCUUUCAAUCUUUAAUGUUUCUCAUAAUCAACUCACUGGCCCUAUACCUCAAGGGAAACAAUUUGAUACAUUCGACAAUAGUUCGUAUGAUGGGAAUUUGGGAUUGUGUGGUGUCCCUUUGUCGAAGUCAUGCAGAAAUUCAAUGACCUCACCACCACCUCCGCUUAUAUUUCGAGGUCACGAUCUUGAGUUUUCGAGUGGUAUUUAUUGGAUGGUCAUAGCCUUGGGAUAUGGAAGUGGGUUAGUAGUUGGGUUGGUUAUUGGGACAACUCUGACGACGAGGAAUCACGAAUGGUUUGUCGACACCUUUGGGAGGGGGAAGAAAUUUCAGAAGAAGAAGAAAUGCAAGGGCCGAAGAACCUAAUUGUUGGCAACGAAACUGUGGUUUCUUUCUUCAGUACUACUUUUGUGCUUGUGCUGCCAUCUUGGCUAGAGGUUAUGUUAAAUAAAAGGGUCAGGAAUUAAGGAUAUGCAGGUUUUAGCAGUGGAAUACUUGCAGCGUUGUUGGGUUUCU